CGCCCAGUCGGCGCACCGGGAAGGGCUCAGCGCCGGCACGCGGGGAGCGCGCUCUCCGUCCCGGCCGCGGCAUGCGCGCGCUGCUCGGCCUGCUCCUGGUAUUCGGCGGCUGCACCUUCGCGCUGUACUUGCUGUCCACGCGGCUGCCCGUGGGGCCGAGGCUGGCAUCGGCCGAGGAGCCCCAAGGCCGGUCACUGUGGUUCCCCUCAGAUCUGGCCGAGCUGCGGGAGCUCUCCGAGGUCCUUCGAGAGUACCGGAAGGAGCACCAGGGUUAUGUGUUCCUGCUCUUCUGCAGUGCCUACCUCUACAAACAGGGCUUUGCCAUCCCUGGCUCCAGUUUCCUGAAUGUCCUGGCUGGGGCCUUGUUUGGGCCAUGGCUGGGACUUUUGCUGUGCUGUGUGCUGACGUCAGUGGGCGCCACAUGCUGCUACCUGCUUUCCAGUGUUUUCGGCAAACAGCUGCUGGUCUCCUACUUCCCUGACAAAGUGGCCCUGCUGCAGAGGAAGGUGGAGGAGAACAGAAGCAGCCUGUUCUUUUUCCUGCUGUUUCUCAGACUCUUCCCCAUGACACCAAACUGGUUCUUGAACCUCUCGGCCCCGAUUCUGAACAUCCCCAUCGUGCAGUUUUUCUUCUCAGUGCUGAUCGGUUUGAUCCCAUACAAUUUCAUCUGUGUGCAGACAGGCUCCAUCCUCUCCACACUCACUUCUCUGGAUGCUCUCUUCUCCUGGGAGACUGUCUUGAAGCUGCUGGCCAUUGCCCUGGUUGCUUUGGUUCCUGGAGCCCUCAUCAAGAAAUUUAGCAGGAAGCACCUGGCGCUGAGUGACACAAGCAACACUAGUCGUCUAGAUGGCAGGAAGGAUGCGUGAUACAGGUUCCAUGUUUACACAGCCCUGGACUCUGCUGCUGAUCUGUGUGACAGGCCUUUUACUGUCCUCACUGUGUUUUAACUCCCUCAAAGAGUGAUCUGAGCGGCAGUUUAGUGUGCUCAGAGGCCGAUUAGAAGGCACUGUUUGAGGGUCCAGUCCUGUUCAGGGUUCUGUGAAAUGGACUGCUUUCUAGAAAAUAUUGUUCUGGUUCUAUCCAACGGCAGAGGGCUCAAUCUGUCCGGCUUGCCCCUUGCCACUCCCUGAGAUGUCCUGGGAGAAGAUGCUGGUGGCCUUUUAGACAGGCUGUGUGACAGGUACUCUGGUUAAGUCCCUGUGGCUAUCACACCAGACAGGAUUCUAGUCCCUGCUAGUCUCUUGAAGAGUGUCUUCUCUACCUUUUUGCUGAUGAUCUACCUCUCUGUAAGCCAAGGGACACAAGGGACACAAGACUUACACACACAGCUUGAGUGCAAUGUUUCCUGUAAUACCCCUGUUCACACGCUGAUAUUUCUAUGUCUAAGCUCCUCGUGUUGUAUGUCUUGAGAGUUAAGUUGAAUGAAACAUAAUUAAACAUGAAUGUUUAAUUGCA